GGCAGAGAAAACAGUGGACAAGAGAUCCUCGCCCCACUCAUUGGAAUAAUACAGUUUGCAGCCAGCAUGGUCGUCCUCAGCUGUGUUGCUUUGGGAUUUUAUCUUCAGCUCCUGCUCUGCUUUGCUCUAUCUCAGACCUCUUUUGUUGACAGUGUCUUCUCAAUUUCAGCAGCCCUUCCUUGCCUGGACCAGAAGAAACGGAUUAUUAAUAAUAAUAGAGUGUGCUCUCUCCUUGCUCUUCCUCCUCCUCCUCCUCCACCACCACCACUGUUAUUUCCUCCAUCACACUUCAAGCAGGAAUGGAGUUCUAUGUUCCAACCUCUGGUUCUGAAAAACCUAUGUCAAGAGCUUCAGAUAACGCAGUCUCCAUGUAUAGAAACUGUCUGCCCGCCAGGACCUCCUGGUCCCCAGGGCCCACAAGGUAUUCCUGGUGUGAAGGGACCAAAGGGAGGGAAAGGUGAGAUUGGCAGACCAGGAAGAAAGGGCAGCCCAGGUCCUCCAGGUGUUCGUGGAAUGCCAGGACCUCUUGGAUGGCCUGGUCCAAUGGGACCUAAGGGUGAAAAGGGAGAUUUAGGUUUGAUGGGAUUGCCAGGUACAAGAGGACCAAUGGGCUCCAAGGGUCACCCUGGAAGCAGAGGAGAAAAGGGAGUUCAAGGAGAAAAGGGUGCCAAAGGCAGCAAAGGUGACAAGGGAUAUAUUGGCUUCCCUGGAAUGCUGGGGCAGAAGGGAGAAAUGGGUCCAAAGGGAGAACCUGGUGCGUCAGGUCACAGAGGACCGACUGGAAGACCAGGAAAGCGAGGCAAACAAGGACAAAAAGGAGACAUAGGAGCUCCUGGAACUAUAGGCCCAUCUGGGAGGCCUGGUCCUCCUGGCCAGCCUGGUCCACCAGGACAUUUGGUAUCAGGGCAACUAACAAUGGGGCCAAAAGGGGAAAGAGGGCUUCCUGGACCUCCAGGGAAAUGUCUCUGCAACCCUCAGCAAAAUGUGAAUAUCCCACCAUAUGAGGAACCACUGUUUGGACAGCCCUAUUCAAAAGUUCCUGCAAUUUUUGUAGUGAAUAACCAGGAAGAACUGGACAGACUAAGCACAGAGAACGCCCUAGCCUUUCGAAGAGAUCAGAGAUCUUUGUACUUCAAAGAUACUUUUGGAUGGCUUCCAAUCCAGCAGCUUACACCUUUCUAUCCUAUGGGCUACCAGAUGGAAGACAGCAGCACAUGUGGAGAUGGCGUCCUCCAAGAAGGGGAAGAAUGCGAUGAUGGCAAUAGCAUUGUGACCGAUGACUGUAUAAGGUGCCGCCAUGCUUAUUGUGGAGAUGGCUACCGGCAGGAAGGUGUUGAAGACUGUGAUGGAAAUGAUUUUGGAUAUUUAACAUGUAAAACGUAUCUUCCAGGGUCUUAUGGGAAAUUACGAUGCACUUCUUAUUGCUAUAUUGACUCUACAGAGUGUCGAUAUUUUACAUGAAGGGUGAGCGGGUGUUAGGUGAGUAUUAUCUCACACAUGACAAGCAUACAUCAGGUGCUAUGUUAUCAUCAAACCAAGGCCAGGCAAUAGAUGAGCAAGCCAACUAUGUAAUGCAACAACUUAUGCCAUGUUGCUAUGGUGAUCAGAGAUGUAUUUUCAAUCUACUCACACUGGAAGAAAAUAGGACCACUGCAUCCUGUCUUAGUAGAAAAAUGUCAAACAACAUUUAUAGUUAAGACUUACAUUUUCCAUGGCUGCUUACAGGAAUUCCCUCGUGCAACAAGAACAAAACCAAACCACUGGAAUACUGUAUUUUACUUCAAUACUGUUACUUCAUAAAAACACAAUAAUACCUCAACUUAGCACUGUUAGUCCUACAAAUAAGCUCUUCAGGUUGUUCUUUAAUAAUAAAAAAAGACUUUUUCCAGUAUAAACACAAAGCAUAUUCUUUUUGCAGUGUUUAUAAGGACUAUUUAAGAUUUGUUUGUUUACUACAUUUGUAGUACUUU